GAGGAAUGCGGGAUGCUGGUGGCUCGCGGUGGAUCCAUUACAGCGACCGAGCGGGAUGCGCCGGUGUGCGUGGGAGUUUGCGGUUCUCCAUGGAUGACCAGGAAAUAACAGCGAGCAGGAGUGGCAGAAAAGGAAGCGCAAAGUCGGGACACAAGGCUGCGGCGAUCCGGACGAGUGAGGAAGAGACGAGGCUAUUCUACGAUCGGCUCCGGGACGCUUUCGAGGCCCGAUUCGAACAGGCGGCUAUCUAUGAUCGUGCUGGCAACCAAUUACGUUUCCUGAACCGGAAAACAUCGGGUCGAAUUGACAGAAGAAAUUAUUCCGAAGAAAAGAGAACAUUGCUAUUGUCAAAAGGCGGAGAGUUCGUUAAAAAAGACAUUACGGCAGCAGGACGUUUUUGGAUCAUUACCGAGGCCGUUGCGGUAAUGAGCAAAUGAUUGGACAGGAUAGAACAGAGUGGCUCGUAGGCGUGUUCGCGUCUUCGUCACGGAGCGAGAGACACGCUGAAGUGUCAGGGGCGUGCGCGUGAAAUCACGCAAUUCCAAUAAUGGGUGGGCGAGCGGCAUCGUCACGGAAGCAGAAAACGCUUGGACAGAUGGACGUAAUUGAACGUAUCGGGGAAUCCUGUCUGGGUUUCUCCAGUUGUUUGCGAUACGUUAAAAAUGAUCAUAGUAGCGAUU